GAGGAACUGAAAGCAGGGGAGGGCGGCGAAGGGGAGAGGGAGGAGUGGCGAGCAGAGAGCAAGGUUACACGUGAGAGCAGUCCAGAGAACGAAAGUAAGAGAGACAGAGGAGAGAGAGAGAGAGAAUAGCAGGACAGGUACGAUAGCGUGGAUUAUGGAGUUGAGAAGAUUUCAGUCUUACUUCACAAGUUAAUUGCCUGUUGCUCACUGGACGAGAACAAAGAAAAGUGGAGAACAAAGAAAGAGUAAACAAUAAGGGCAACGGAGAAAGAGAGAGAGGCAGAGGGGAAAACCAUGGGUAGAGGGAGAUAGGGAGAGGGGGGAACCAUGAGUAGAGAGAAAGGGAAGGACAACAGUUGAAUGUUGACAGAGGAAGUGAGGAUAUUAAUCGGGAGAUAAUCAAAAAGGAGGAGAGAGAGAGGGAAAAAUAAAUAAAAAAACAAAUAGAUACACAUUGACAGAGUGGACUGGACUUCAAUGAAGCACUGACAUCAGCCAAAUAAAGGGCGAGAGAGAGAAAGGAGGUCACUGCAGUCUGAAGUAGGUGCUGUGCACUGUAGUUUCUUAAGCACGCUUACUAUGCAACAGGAGAGUUAGGACAAGCAAACACAGACAGACGUUCACUACACGAUUGAACCAUGUUGAUGAAGGAGUAUAGAAUAUGCAUGCCACUAACUGUGGAAGAGUAUAAGAUUGGGCAGCUGUACAUGAUCAGCAAACACAGUAAUGAGCAGAGCGGAGGAGGGGAGGGAGUGGAGGUGGUGAGGAACCAACCAGACACACAUCCCCAACACGGCCUGGGACAACUCACUGAGAAACGCAUCUACCUCAAUAGUAAACUGCCAUCCUGGGUGAGUGUGUUUGUCCCCAGGGUCUUCUAUGUGACAGAGAAGGCCUGGAACUUCUACCCUUACACCAUCACAGGUCUGACAACACUAUUCUAUCCACCACAUACACAGCCGUUUCACCUGCUACCAACCUGUUCUUCCUAUAGGGUCAAGUCAACUGUUUCCUUGUCUGUCUCCUUCCUUCCCAAGUUCAGCAUCCGUAUUGAGACCAGGUUUGAGAACAACAAUGGUGACAACAAUAAUGUAUUUGGAGACAGGCCCACCCCUGCAGAGAGCGUGAGCCACCUGGAUAUCCUCAUUGACCCCAUCCCUGACAAACACUACAAGGAGACAGAGGACCUGAGUCGCUGGGUGUCUGAGAAGACAGGCCGAGGCCCCCUGGUGGAAGGGUGGCGUAAGGACAGCACCCCCAUCAUGUGCUCCUAUAAGAGGGUGCAGUGCAGUUUCGAAGUCUACGGCUUCCAGGGCAAGACUGAGGACUUCAUACACAGGAACAUCCAGGACAUCCUACUGGUGGGGCACAGACAGGCUGUGGCCUGGACAGACGAAUGGCACGGGAUGAGUUUGGAGGAUGUGAGAGAGUAUGAGCGACAGAUACAGGAACAGACCAACAGCAAACUCAAAUCAACCCAGAACAACAACACAGCAGCCCCUCGUCCGGCAUACUCGCGCUCUAUGUCUGUCACAGAUGAGCGCUCUCUGAAGAAGAUGGGAGUGAAGACUAUGGCCAUGUCAGACCCCUCCACCUCCACACUGCCUCAUAGCACUGUCCGCCUUAACUCCACCCCCGAGUAACACACACACGUUCAUACUGAUGCAUCAAUUCUUGCCUGCUUCCGUGACAGUAACUACACUGCAGCCAUUCCUUUUUUACGGCCAUCCACCACAAACACAUUUAACCAAUAAAGCUACACUGUCCACAGAAGCAGCACUUAGAGCACUCAGGUCCUACCCCUUUCUCCAGCUGUAACUACAGAACCCAACCCCCUGUCCUACCCCUUUCUCCAGCUGUAACUAUACAACCCAACCCCCUGUCCUACCCCUUUCUCCAGCUGUAACUACAGAACCCAACCCCCUGUCCUGCCCCUUUCUCCAGCUGUAACUAUAUAACCCAACCCCCUGUCCUACCCCUUUCUCCAGCUGUAACUAUAUAACCCAACCCCCUGUCCUACCCCUUUCUCCAGCUGUAACUAUAUAACCCAACCCCCUGUCCUACCCCUUUCUCCAGCUGUAACUAUAUAACCCAACCCCCUGUCCUACCCCUUUCUCCAGCUGUAACUAUAUAACCCAACCCCCUGUCCUACCCCUUUCUCCAGCUGUAACUAUACAACCCAACCCCCUGUCCUGCCCCUUUCUCCAGCUGUAACUAUAUAACCCAACCCCCUGUCCUACCCCUUUCUCCAGCUGUAACUACAUAACCCAACCCCCUGUCCUGCCCCUUUCUCCAGCUGUAACUAUAUAACCCAACCCCCUGUCCUACCCCUUUCUCCAGCUGUAACUAUACAACCCAACCCCCUGUCCUGCCCCUUUCUCCAUAUGUAACUAUAUAACCCAACCCCCUGUCCUACCCCUUUCUCCAGCUGUAACUACAUAACCCAACCCCCUGUCCUGCCCCUUUCUCCAGCUGUAACUACAUAACCCAACCCCCUGUCCUACCCCUUUCUCCAGCUGUAACUACAUAACCCAACCCCCUGUCCUACCCCUUUCUCCAGCUGUAACUACAUAACCCAGCCCCCUGUCCUACCCCUUUCUCCAGCUGUAACUACAUAACCCAACCCCCUGUCCUACCCCUUUCUCCAGCUGUAACUAUAUAACCCAACCCCCUGUCCUACCCCUUUCUCCAGCUGUAACUACAUGACCCAACCCCCUGUCCUACCCCUUUCUCCAGAUUUAACUAUAAAACCCAACCCCCUGUCCUGCCCCUUUCUCCAGCUGUAACUACACAACCCAACCCCCUGUCCUACCCCUUUCUCCAGCUGUAACUACAUAACCCACCCCCUGUCCUACCCAUUUCUCCAGCUGUAACUACAUGACCCAACCCCCUGUCCUACCCCUUCCUCCAGCUGUAACUAUACAACUCAACCCCCUGUCCUACCCCUUUCUCCAUCUGUAACUAUAUAACCCAACCCCCUGUCCUGCCCCUUUCUCCAGCUGUAACUAUAUAACCCAACCCCCUGUCCUACCCCUUCCUCCAGCUGUAACUAUACAACUCAACCCCCUGUCCUACCCCUUUCUCCAUCUGUAACUAUAUAACCCAACCCCCUGUCCUGCCCCUUUCUCCAGCUGUAACUAUACAACCCAACCUCCUGUCCUACCCCUUUCUCCAGCUGUAACUAUACAACCCAACCCCCUGUCCUGCCCCUUUCUCCAGCUGUAACUAUACAACCCAACCCCCUGUUCUACCCCUUUCUCCAGCUGUAACUAUACAACCCAACCCCCUGUCCUACCCCUUUCUCCAGCUGUAACUAUAUAACCCAACCCCCUGUCCUACCCCUUUCUCCAGCUGUAACUACAUAACCCAACCCCCUGUCCUACCCCUUUCUCCAGUUGUAACUAUAUAACCCAACCCCCUGUCCUACCCCUUUCUCCAGCUGUAACUACAUAACCCAACCCCCUGUCCUACCCCUUUCUCCAGCUGUAACUACACAACCCAACCCCCUGUCCUACCCCUUUCUCCAGCUGUAACUAUAUAACCCAACCCCCUGUCCUACCCCUUUCUCCAGCUGUAACUACAUAACCCAACCCCCUGUCCUACCCCUUUCUCCAGCUGUAACUAUAUAACCCAACCCCCUGUCCUACCCCUUUCUCCAGCUGUAACUAUAUAACCCAACCCCCUGUCCUACCCCUUUCUCCAGCUGUAACUAUAUAACCCAACCCCCUGUCCUACCCCUUUCUCCAGCUGUAACUAUACAACCCAACCCCCUGUCCUGCCCCUUUCUCCAGCUGUAACUAUAUAACCCAACCCCCUGUCCUACCCCUUCCUCCAGCUGUAACUAUACAACUCAACCCCCUGUCCUACCCCUUUCUCCAUCUGUAACUAUAUAACCCAACCCCCUGUCCUGCCCCUUUCUCCAGCUGUAACUAUACAACCCAACCUCCUGUCCUACCCCUUUCUCCAGCUGUAACUAUACAACCCAACCCCCUGUCCUGCCCCUUUCUCCAGCUGUAACUAUACAACCCAACCCCCUGUCCUACCCCUUUCUCCAGCUGUAACUAUACAACCCAACCCCCUGUCCUACCCCUUUCUCCAGCUGUAACUACAUAACCCAACCCCCUGUCCUACCCCUUUCUCCAGUUGUAACUAUAUAACCCAACCCCCUGUCCUACCCCUUUCUCCAGCUGUAACUACAUAACCCAACCCCCUGUCCUACCCCUUUCUCCAGCUGUAACUACACAACCCAACCCCCUGUCCUACCCCUUUCUCCAGCUGUAACUAUAUAACCCAACCCCCUGUCCUACCCCUUUCUCCAUCUGUAACUACAUAACCCAACCCCCUGUCCUACCCCUUUCUCCAGCUGUAACUAUAUAACCCAACCCCCUGUCCUACCCCUUUCUCCAGCUGUAACUAUAUAACCCAACCCCCUGUCCUACCCCUUUCUCCAGCUGUAACUAUAUAACCCAACCCCCUGUCCUACCCCUUUCUCCAGCUGUAACUAUACAACCCAACCCCCUGUCCUGCCCCUUUCUCCAGCUGUAACUAUAUAACCCAACCCCCUGUCCUACCCCUUUCUCCAGCUGUAACUAUAUAACCCAACCCCCUGUCCUACCCCUUUCUCCAGCUGUAACUACAUAACCCAACCCCCUGUCCUACCCCUUUCUCCAGCUUUAACUAUAUAACCCAACCCCCUGUCCUACCCAUUUCUCCAGCUGUAACUAUAUAACCCAACCCCCUGUCCUUGAGUUUGCAUCCCAAUAUUACACUUUAUAUACAUCAAAGUAGACUGAAAUAUUGCAAACUUUUUGACAUAGAAACACCACAUUUUCGGCAGGUAAAAAAAAAAAUGAAAUUAUUAAUAACAUUCCACCCAUGAGGCCUCUAGGUAAUUUGACUGCAGGAAAGGGCUACUAGAGUGGAUAUAAUGGUAGGGGAGUACCGUGGAUCCACACAGUCCCCCCCCCCCCCAACC